AUGUCUCAAAUCCAUGAUGUGGUGGCGUAUGUUGACAUGUGGUCUGCCAGCAGGAUGGUGGAUUAUUCGUAUCUGUUCAUCCAGCAGCUGCAGGACAUGGGUGUAGAGGUAUCAAAGACGCUCAACAAACAAGUGACUACCGUAGUCUUUAAACAUGGCCGCCAGUCCACAUGAAAGAAAGCCCAGAAAAUGGGUGUGAGGAUUGUGUCCGUCCAAUGGGUGCACCAUUGCAUGCAGCCAAGGGAAAUUCCUGUGAAAACCCUUGAGAUUGACAGACGUAUGAAAAGAAAAUUAGACAAGAUGAUGGAAGGCCUUAUCUCCUCAUCCCCUGUCGUUUCUGACACAUCACCAUUCAUUAUUGAUGAGGAGAAUGGAAUAGUGUACAGUCCCUCUUUAAAGCACUCUGACAGCAUGGCUCAGCAUUUGAGAGAAAUGAGAGCUCAACGUGAACAUCUCUCACCCACUGCUGUAGGUAAAGAAAAUAAAAGCACAACUGAUGGGCUCAGUGAAAGAAGUUUGGAAAUGUGUACCAAAUGGACAAGUAUUAAAAAGGACAGAUACAUGAAGCAGCCAAUAAUUCACUGCAUAAAACACAUUGUGUUGGGCACAAACCAGUUUUAUCCAUGUUUCAAGAAGCAGGAGGUAAUAUUCCAGUUGGUCAGGACUCAGGGUGGCUUUACAGUGGUGGGUAAUGUGUGUGAAAGUACCACACAUGUGGUGUCCGGAAGCCCACGACGGACCAUUAAUGUCCUGCUGGGCAUCGCACAAGGCUGCUGGAUACUCUCCUUUGAAUGGAUCCUGUGGUGUUUGGAGCACAGGCAGUGGGUUCCUGAGGAGCCUUAUGAGCUUUCAGAUCAUUUCCCUGCUGCUCCUGUAUGCCGUCUGCAGCAGCAUCUGUUCGCUGGGGAGCAUCAGCAGGACCUGUUCCAGGAUCAGUCGCUCAUGUUCGUGUCCCCACACUCCCAGCCCCCCUGCAGCAGCCUGACUGAACUCAUUCAGCUGUGUGGAGGAACCGUGUGCCGCAGUGUGCGACAGGCAGGGAUCUGUAUCGGAGGGUAUAAGGGCAAGAAACCAGAGGAAAGCCGCAGUCUGUCUGAACAGUGGGUUUUAGGUAAGAUAGCAUACUGA